AACUGGCACGCGCUCGCGCGGCCUUGCUUGUCAGUUGUGUAUGACUGUGCCGCUUUCCAACAAAGCGACACUACACUGUCUACAGUCUACACUUGUCUUUGUCAGUACAGCCUAGCCAGCAACAACGGACAAUCGCACGUGGCAAGGACGCUCCGUAGCUCCAUGUGCAUGUGUAGUAGAUCCACGUUCCAAUCUCAUUGAUCCCUUUACUAGUAGUAUCUCCACUGGCUCCAUGCAGUGGAAAGGGUGAACUGAGCCAGCUGAUCCGCGUGUACAGUCAAUAACUCACUGACCGUUGUGUUUCGGCACGCUUUGCCUUUGGAGUUUGGUGUUGCAUGUUGUGCGAGACUGUGUCAGGGAAUAGUACUAGUAGUAGGUAGGUGGUGGAAGGAGGUCUAACAACGGUCAUACUCAUAGUUCACUAUCGUACAAGAAUGAUUGCUGGUCCUGACUCUGGAUAGACGACCAACUGCAGGUUGUUUCCCUGACAAAACCUUGUGCCCUACACAAAGCACAUUCGUGAUCGCGCUGCAAGAUGUCGGGUGCACAAGCCGCAGCGACCACUGCAGUCGUUCUCGAAAUGGACACCCUGGGCCUGGCAGCGGACCGUCACUCGCAUCGCUGCAGUCACGGUGGUUCGCAGGCCAGCUUGAACUCGCAUCACUCAGGAAACAGUGGUACUUCGGGUCCUGGACGGAAUGCCAACGGUGCUGUGAUGGCUGCCGACGCUCCCAAGCUGGUGGUCAGCGAGGGUCAACUGGAUAUUCGUGCGUUCUACGAGAGCGUGAAGGCGCCUGGCACGAAGGACAAUGUGGCGUUUGCUGCUGAGGUCGACAAGCGUCUGAAAUGGCAGGAAGAAACCGCUCUACCGCCGGAGGAGAUUCUGGAUCGCGGCGAGGCCGAGGGCAGCAUAUUUGGUGGCUGGCUGGCCAAGAACUUUGGAAGUGCUGACACUGCUCUGCUGAGGCUAACCUCGCAGAAGUGGCUUGCAGACAAUCUGACAUCCACCAUUGUGAAGGGUUUGUUGAAGGCGCACGACGCCUCGGCAAGGGCCACGGACCACGUAUCCGGGCAAACUUGCCUGCAUCAGUGUGCUGUGCUGGCGUAUACCUGCACCUUAGAGGUCAUCUUUGACAAUGACCCACUCGUGUGGAUGGUAAAGGAUGGCGAUGGGCUUAAUGCGCUGGAAUUAGCCCUCGAUGCACAACUUCCCGACACUAGUAUACUGAUUAUGGAGAAAAUGCCCAACAGCAAUGUCAGAGAGGUGUUUGAAGGCAAGAAGAGACCGUUCUACGCACUGAUGAACAACCUAGAAAUGAAGGACGUAACGCAUGCCGUGAUGGAUCGCAUGAUCGAUGCCUGGCCAGAAGAGGAGCAAGGUCGUGGCUUUGACUUUCACUACACGGCGCUGGAGUCCGACACAAACGGCCUCACACCCGACACGUACGGCUUCAGCGGCAACAACAGCUGCUUUCUGAACAUCCUGAAGAGAGCGAAGCUGGCAAAUGAGUUCAGUCAGGACAGGGCUGUGCGCAUGCUACUCUUUACAAAGUGGUCGUCCUACGGCGAAAAGAUGCUGUGGGUGUCGACAUUGAACUUCCUCGUCUUCAUUGUUCUUUUCACGCUAGCUGACGUCUUCGCUGUUGACAAACUCAACCCCCAAGAGUAUAACCAGCCGGUUGAUUAUGCACGAGCUGUUUGCGAGGCAAUCGUGCUCCUUGUCGUGGCCUUCUUCUUGCUCGGUGAAAUCGUGGAGUUGUUUGAAAAACGAUUAAAAUAUCUUGGCGAGUUCUAUAAUUACAUCCAGCUGAGUUCGAUCUUUCUCAUUCUAGCCAUUGUGCCGCUGCGAGCACUGGACCUGCGUUCACAGUGGAUACUGCUGGCACUGGGCUAUCUCCUCACCACUAUACGCAUCUUUAAAUUCAUAUCAGCUUCAAGUCUGAUUGGAGUGUACACGCGUGUCCUCGUCGGCAUCUGUCAGAAAGUGCUGCCCAAGUUCUUUCUGAUCUUCUCACUGGCUCUCUUCGUCUGGUCCGGCGCGUUCUACGCAUCGCUACGUUCCCAUGUCAGAGGUAGCGAGGAAGUAACAGAUAUAGUAGCUGACAGUGAUGGUCUGGCUCAGAACGUCACCCGUACCAUUGUCCAAGAAGACAAGGGACUGAUCCUGGAGCUGUCCAGCUACGGCGAGACUCUGUUUCUGGGCUUCCGCGUUCUCGUGGAGGGUCGUAACCUGAUACAGUACUAUUCAAACUCGCAGCAACUUGGUGCUCUGCCAGUGAUUCUGUAUCUGCUGUUCCUGAUCGGCGUGGUCAUGAUCAUGAGGACAAUUCUCAUUGCGCAGAUGGCGGCCACGUUUGGUGCCAUGAACCGCGACGCUGUGAGGCAGGUAGAGAUCAACAGAGCGUGGGUACUACCUGAUCUAGAGGCUUCUAAGCUAUGGGAUAUUGCUCUGAAAGGGUGGCGCAUGAGAUUUUAUAAGCCCUCGGCGGGCUUCACGGAGAAACGCAUGCAAGAAAUAUUGCAAGAGGAGAAAGUGGACGGUUUCCUGAAGUUGGAGAAGAUUCUCAACAAGCAGAAGCAGCUGCUGGAGUCUCAACAGCAGCAGACCAUAGCACAGUUGACACAUCAGACCAUUCUCCAGGAGAAGUGGACUGGCCAGCUUAUGCAGGCUGUGGUGAAGACCGAGAAAGAGCUCGGUGAUGCAGUGCACAGUAAUCACGAGCUAACAGAGAACUGGGGCUCCAAGACCUCAGCCGGCAUUAUGAGUGUUCGCAAUCACUUGAGCGGACAGCUGGAGGAGGCACAGACUGAACAGGAGAAGGCUGCGCAGAGCAUCCAGGAACGCAUUCUGCAGCAAACCCUACAGAUCACAAGUAACCUUGACAAGGUCGAGGUACGACUCGGCACGCAAGAACAAAGACAGGAGAGCACGGAGAAGACACUCGAAGUGAUCGACUCCAAACUAGUUGCACAGAAGGAACAGGGUAGCAGACACACGGAGCAGAUCGAAACACUUAGCAAAAGCGAGGCGGAUUCCUCCGUGCGCAAGGACAAGAAGCUGCAGGCACUGGAAGAGCGACUGGAUCAGCAGGAGGGAGAGAAUCGCGCCCUCACCAAGCGUCUCAAUCAGCAAGGAUUUCAGCUGGAGCAAGUGGUGGAAAUGCUGCAGCGUCUUGAAGUCUCCUCUAACAAGCUGAUCAGUGAGGUGUCCAUGCUUCGGCGGACGGCAGGUCACGGAGGCGUGGACUUCAGCGCGACCUUCGACGACAAACUGGCCCACUUCCAGAAGCAGUCGUUGUCGAAGGGCAGCAGCCUGCCGCACGGCCUCGCGGGCCUCUCCAGCUCUGCCAUGUCACCGCCCCCGUCUGACGCCACCGCACCACCACCGCCACUACAGGAACCUGAGUAAGUUAUACACGGGACGGCGUUAGAUUGCUACAGACAUUGCCACUAGUACUCCUACUCCGGCACACACUGGACUCUGCCUGCGGUGAGCACGCAUUCAGCUUGCUGGCCUGCUCUACAGUGACAGCUCUGGUAGCGCCACUCAGCAAUGCUCAAUACUCUGUAUCUUGAUGCCCUUCACUACUCUUCCCCACAUAUACACGUUGAUUCCUGUUUGGGACACAACUUAGUACUUUAGGUCCGUUUAGCAAAUUUGAAUCAUUAGCAAUUAUCCAGCAUUAUCAGCAAACCUUCUAGCAUUAGCUACUUGCUUGGUCAAGUCGGUCUAAUGCAUUAAUUCUAGUUCUAAUGUUCAUAUUAAACUUAGUAAUACUACUGAUGGAGGUUUUGAUUAAACGCUGCCGUGAGCUCCUCUACUGGCAUAGCUAUACCUUCCGCCGUAUCUCUGGAAACGUCACACGCAUGACCUGUGCUACGCUGGUGUGCACCCCGCUGCUAAUGUCGAGUUAAAGCAGAAAUCAAUUUUUAUGUCGGCUUCUAUAGUGUACUUGUAGGUGUAAGCAGCGCGCUACUAAAUAAUAAUUAUACUGUGACGUGCUGGGUCGACUCGAUGAUGACUGUGUCCACAGGGGACACUUUUUGACAUUAAAUUUAGUACUGCACCAGAUAGAGGUCUAGAGAGACAGCCACUUUGGAGAAAUUGCUUUAUUCCAGCUCCAAUGUCACAUUUUUAGGAUCGCAAUUUUUGUAGGAUCACAACUUUUAGGAUCACCAUUGUGUAGGAUCACAACUUUUAGGAUCACAAUUUUUUAGGAUCACAAUUUUUAGCUUUUUUACUUUGAAGUAGUUCACUAGCACCUUCACGGCUUAGUUCAUGUGUUGCAGCUCCGAUUUAGUUCAGCAAGUAUUCUAUGUUAAUAGAUCUGCCUACGUAGUCGGUAUGUUGUUGCAUAUCAGCACUAUUUUUCAUUCUCAUUUCCACUCAGCUAGCAACAUUGCAAGCCAGAUGAUUCAUGUACACGUAGCUGGUUGAGAGCAAGGCCUUUAUCAGUUUA